CCACCAAAAGUCAAUAGUCUCUUCUUUUAUGUAUUUCCCUCUUGGACUGGGAACAGACCAGAGAUUUCGCAAUGGAGUUCACCGAGCUAAGAGAAGUAAUAGAGAAGCUGCAGGUAGUCGACGGUCAUGCCCACAACAUCGUCUCACUCGAUUCCUCCUUCCCUUUCAUCCGCUGCUUCACAGAAGCUGAGGGUGACGCUUUGGCCGACUCUCCUCACUCUCUAUCCUUCAAGAGAAGUUUGAGAGAACUUGCUGAACUCUAUGGCUGUGAGAAAUCCUUGCAAGCUGUUGAAGAGUAUCGAAAAUCUUCUGGACUACAGUCCAUUACCCAGAAAUGCUUUGAUGCUGCUGGAAUCUCUGCUAUAUUCAUUGAUGAUGGAUUAAAGUUGGACCAAAAGCAGAAUUUGGACUGGCAUAAAGGAUAUGCUCCGUUUGUUGGUCGAAUAUUGAGAAUUGAGAGCUUGGCUGAGGAAAUUCUUGAAAAGGGGCUACAGGAGGGAUCUAUUUGGACUUUGGAUAAAUUCACUGAAAUUUUUGUUCAAAACCUGAAGUCGGUUGCGGAUAAAGUAGUUGGUUUAAAAAGCAUUGCUGCAUACCGAAGUGGUCUUGAGAUUAAUACACAUGUAACCAAACAAGAUGCUGAGGAUGGUCUUGUUGAAGUUUUACAUGCUGGAAGGCCUGUCCGCAUAACAAAUAAAAACUUCAUCGACUAUCUCUUCACCUGUAGUUUGGAGGUUGCUCUAUGCUUCGACUUUCCAAUUCAGAUACACACAGGCUUUGGAGACAAAGAUUUGGACUUGCGGCUUUCAAAUCCCCUUCAUCUGCGAGUGCUUCUUGAGGACAAAAGAUUUUCGAAGUGUCGUUUUGUUCUUUUGCAUGCAUCAUACCCAUUUUCAAAGGAAGCAUCAUAUCUAGCCUCUGUUUAUCCCCAGGUGUACCUUGACUUUGGGUUGGCAGUUCCAAAACUUAGUGUCCACGGGAUGAUAUCUUCUGUGAAGGAACUUUUAGAGCUAGCUCCAAUAAAGAAGGUCAUGUUCAGCACUGAUGGCUAUGCAUUUCCUGAGACAUACUUCUUAGGUUCAAAGAAAGCACGUGAAGUUAUUUAUUCAGUUCUACGUGAUGCAUGCAUCGAUGAUGAUCUCUGUGUUGCCGAAGCUAUUGAAGCUGCCAAAGACAUCUUUUCAGAAAAUGCAAUUCAGUUUUACAGGAUUACCAGGGGUACAAUUUCGAAGGGGACUGUAUCCUCCAGCUCUGUGAAGAUUGAAAGGAGUUCCCCAGAAAGUGGUAUUUCACUUGUCCGUCUCAUGUGGGUUGAUAUUUCUGGGCAACACAGAGUGAGAGUUGUUCCAGCUAAGCGCUUUAAUGAUGUUGUUAGAAAGAAUGGUACUGGUAUGGCCUUUGCAUGUGUGGCGAUGACUUCGUCUUAUGAUGCUUCUGCUUUGGAGUCAAAACUAGGUGCAGCGGGUGAGAUCCGGCUGAUGCCUGAUUUAUCAACUAAACGGAGAAUUCCAUGGGCAAAACAAGAGGAAAUAGUUCUGGCUGACAUGCAUCUCAAACCUGGUGAAGCUUGGGAAUAUUGCCCCAGGGAUGCCUUGCGAAGGGUUUUGAAAGUUUUGAAAGAUGAAUUUAACUUGGUAUUGAAUGCAGGAUUCGAGAUGGAAUUUUUUCUCUUGAAGAAUGUUGUAAGGGAAGCGAAAGAAGAAUGGGUUCCAAUUGAUGCAACUCCCUACAGCUCUGCAUCAGGAUUUGAUGCUGUCUCCCCUUUAUUUCAUGAGAUUGUCGAUGCUCUUCAUUCCUUAAAUAUUACAGUGGAACAGUUACACGCAGAAUCAGGGAAAGGUCAGUUUGAAAUUGCCCUGGGGCACACAGUUUGCACUUCUGCUGCUGACAACUUAAUUUUUGCCAGAGAAACCAUCAGGGGUCUUGCAAGAAAACAUGGAUUGUUGGCAACUUUUGUGCCCAAGUAUGCAUUAGAUGACAUCGGUUCCGGAUGCCAUGUACACCUCAGUUUGUGGCAAAAUGGGGAGAAUGUUUUCAUGGCAUCUGACAAGUCCUCUCGGUAUGGAAUAUCUACAACAGGGGAGGCUUUCAUGGCAGGAGUUCUAGAUCAUCUCCCUUCAAUUUUGGCAUUCAUAGCACCAAUACCAAAUAGUUACGAGCGUAUACAACCCAACACAUGGUCGGGAGCAUAUCGCUGUUGGGGACAUGAAAACAGAGAAGCUCCAUUAAGAGCCGCUUGCCCUCCUGGAAUUUCAGAAGGUUUUGUUAGCAACUUUGAGAUUAAAUCUUUUGAUGGGUGUGCAAAUCCACAUCUGGGCUUGGCUGCUAUUGUAGCUUCUGGCGUUGAUGGACUGCGAAGGCAUCUUCAACUUCCUGAACCCAUUAAUCAAAACCCAGAUGCCCAUAAUGUGAAACUCGAAAGAUUACCAACAUCACUCUCAGAAUCUUUAGCAGCUCUUCAGAAAGACAAUGUCUUGGAGAAUCUAAUUGGAGAAAAUCUUGUUGUUGCUGUAAAAGCAGUUCGCAAGGCUGAGAUUGACUACUACUCAAACAACAAGGACGCUUACAAGCGACUCAUACAUCGCUAUUAAGCCAUCAUUUUUCUCCAUGGAAAGCAGAACUCAAGGCUCUUUUGAGAUCACUUCCUGUUAUAUCUUAUUGUGUACUAUGUAGUCCAAACGCUGGCUGUUUCAUUUUGAUUUCAUGGGUUCUUUUAUCAGAGAAUCUGCUACUUUGUGUUGUGUAAUAUGAAUAAACAGGAAGAAAUAUCCGAGUAAACUUCCUAAGCA